CUGACAGUGGAGGACUACCUGGGCGCCUGGAACCUGACAAAAAAAAACAAUCUCAACUGAAGGCGAUCUCCGCUUUCCAUUGCUUUGCGAAGACAACGUUACCAACAUCGCGGUGAACGGCAGCUUGUCUGAAACAGAAGCGAAACCAUUCGUGCUAAUUGUUUUAUUAACAUAAAAGGACUCUCAGUCUCGUAGUGUCAUUGAUACCUGUGGUACUCAGCCGGCUUACGGAAAUCACUGUGAGGGUAAAUAAAGCACAAGCCGACUAUGAGUUUGGAAGAUUUCGAGGAGAGGGGAUUUGGGAAUAAGCCCGGUGAGGUCUGCAGCGACUCAGAGGGGAGUGUGCCCUCUCCCCUCUCUGUGGAAGAGGAACUGGGAUCUGAUGGAGACUGCGUUGCGAACAGUCCGGUACCGACUAACUCGUGCUCCGAGGGCAAAUCCAAGACCUAUACCAGGCGUCCCAAGCCCCCGUACUCCUACAUUGCUCUGAUCGCCAUGGCUAUCAGGGACUCGGCUACCGGCCGCCUCACCUUGGCCGAGAUCAACGAUUACCUGAUGAAGAAAUUCCCCUUCUUUCGAGGCACCUACACCGGCUGGAGGAACUCAGUCCGCCACAACCUUUCUUUGAAUGAUUGCUUCGUCAAAGUGCUCCGUGAUCCAUCCAGACCCUGGGGCAAGGACAACUACUGGAUGCUGAAUCCAAACAGCGAGUACACGUUCGCAGACGGAGUCUUCCGCCGCAGAAGAAAGCGCAUUGGCCGCAAACCUCUCAAGGAACCGGGAGCGGGCGACAAGCACGUGGAGAUCAUGCCCGGAGUUCUUUCAACAACCACCAAGGAGGAAGGAUCCCCUGCCAAGUUUUCCAGUUCGUUUGCAAUUGACAGCAUCUUGAGCACACCUUUUCAAAGGCAAGAAGACAAGAUGUUAGAGGCCAAAGUGCCGUCCAAUGCUGGAAGACUGUUCUGGUCCAGCAGACCACUGAUUACAUAUCCGAUCCUUUCCUACCCUCCCGCUGCCCCAGCGCCACCGCUGUUCCCCAUCAGCCCCGGCGCCACGUCCGUGCUGCAUCCCUACAGCUUCCCAGUGUCAGAUCCAAGCUUGCUGGAGCACCAGGCCAGCCCUUUCUCCACAAAGUGCUAUCAACACAAGAUUCCCAGCUCGGAGACUUUUUCUUGCAUCGGGGUGCCAGCGGCGGUGCAUCCAACUCCCUACCAUCCCUACAAAAUCCUCGUUUAGAAAUUUUAAAACACUCCAGGUGAAAGAGAUAUGGAGUCUUAUAUUGUGCACUUUUGUUUGUUUAGCCUCCCAUAGAAAGAACGUUUAACCGUAGCAUCAUUAAGAACCCGAGAAAUGCUUCGGUUCGAAUAUUGCUUGCCGAAGUAUUUGCCUGUUGUUUUGUAUAUCGACGAAACCAGUUAUUCUGGUCGUUAUCAAAAGGACCACUAUAUAUAUAUAUAUAUAUAUAUAUAUAUAUUACGGGGAUUAUAGUAAGUUAUCAAACAUUUUUAAACAGUUAGUGAAAAUGUGAGAUCAACUGGGUAUCAUCAUUUCUGCCGCUAACGAUGGCAUCGCUGCGUGCCAAAUAAGUAGCUAUGAUGUUUUUUAAUACGGAACUAUUUAUAACUUUGUUUUCCAAACAAGAAGUAACAGAUGGGCUAUAGAAAUUUUAUUUUGUGGUUUUAAAUAAAUCUUGUGCAGAAUAUUACUGACAACGCUCGAAUCGGGCGAAUAAGUUUGAUAAAUCUCAGAACUGUUACUAAAGACGGGACCACUGCCAAUGUAAGCAGGUGAUUUUCUGUGUUAUCCUGUUUUAUGAAGUGACGCAAUUAGCGUUAUAUUUUCGAAUAAAAAGCUUUG